AUAGCUGUUACUGAAGGAAGUAGCCUACGUCCACGCCUACAACUGAAGUAACUUGACGAACAUCUCACCCCUGCCUCCGGGAUGAAAGUGGGUAACCUAGACCUGAAUGGGCUUGACCAUCUCACAACUGCUCGCGUGACGACCGCAUUCGUGGCAGGUAAGAAGAUUGCUGUGUCAACUCAAGAAAGCAAUAGCCUCACUGUCUUUGUAUUUUGAAUUGCAACAACUUUGAUAUCAACAAUGAAGCAAUGAUACCUAAGAACAAAAGAGUAUUUGCCAACAGUCAUAAUAUCAAGUGAUUGUAUAAGCAGAAACAAGCUGUCACAGACCUGUGUGUCAGCUAAUAUGUGGAGAAUGCUUUCUUCUGAUGCUAUUUACUUAGAAGCAGUUCUAAUAUAAAUCAUUUCAAUUAUAUCUACAUCAAAUAAAAUAAAAAUGAGUGAAGCCCCCAGAUUCUUCGUUGGACCAGAAGAUACAGAAAUAAAUCCUGGAAAUUAUCGACAUUUCUUCCACCAUGCAGAUGAAGAUGAUGAGGAAGAAGAUGAUUCUCCACCAGAAAGGCAGAUUGUGGUUGGAAUAUGUUCCAUGGCAAAGAAAUCCAAAUCCAAACCAAUGAAGGAAAUUCUUGAACGGAUCUCCUUAUUUAAAUAUAUCACAGUAGUAGUAUUUGAAGAGGAGGUUAUUUUGAAUGAACCAGUGGAAAACUGGCCUUUAUGUGAUUGUCUUAUUUCUUUCCAUUCUAAAGGAUUUCCACUGGACAAAGCGGUUGCCUAUGCAAAACUCAGGAAUCCAUUUGUAAUCAAUGACUUGAAUAUGCAGUAUCUCAUACAAGAUAGGAGAGAAGUAUAUAGUAUUCUUCAAGCUGAAGGUAUUUUACUUCCUCGUUACGCAAUUUUGAACCGUGACCCAAAUAAUCCUAAAGAAUGUAAUCUGAUUGAAGGGGAAGAUCAUGUAGAAGUAAAUGGGGAAAUUUUUCAAAAGCCAUUUGUAGAAAAGCCAGUCAGUGCAGAAGAUCACAAUGUUUACAUUUAUUACCCAACUUCUGCUGGUGGUGGAAGUCAAAGACUCUUUAGAAAGAUUGGAAGUAGAAGUAGUGUUUAUUCUCCAGAAAGCAAUGUACGAAAAACAGGCUCAUAUAUAUAUGAAGAGUUUAUGCCCACAGAUGGUACUGAUGUUAAGGUUUAUACAGUGGGUCCAGAUUACGCCCAUGCUGAAGCUCGAAAAUCUCCAGCACUUGAUGGCAAGGUGGAACGAGACAGUGAAGGAAAAGAAGUAAGAUAUCCUGUUAUUCUCAAUGCACGAGAGAAAUUAAUUGCUUGGAAAGUCUGCCUUGCUUUUAAGCAAACAGUUUGUGGCUUUGAUUUAUUACGGGCCAAUGGACAGUCCUAUGUCUGUGAUGUCAAUGGCUUCAGUUUUGUGAAAAAUUCCAUGAAGUAUUAUGAUGACUGUGCAAAAAUACUUGGAAAUAUUGUAAUGCGAGAACUGGCUCCACAAUUUCAUAUUCCGUGGUCAAUACCCUUAGAAGCUGAAGAUAUCCCAAUUGUACCAACUACAUCUGGAACUAUGAUGGAACUUAGAUGUGUCAUAGCUGUUAUACGUCAUGGGGAUCGAACACCAAAACAAAAAAUGAAAAUGGAAGUGAGGCAUCAAAAAUUUUUUGAUCUUUUUGAAAAAUGUGAUGGCUAUAAAUCAGGGAAAUUAAAACUCAAAAAACCAAAACAGUUACAGGAAGUGCUAGAUAUUGCACGACAGCUUCUUAUGGAGCUUGGACAAAAUAAUGAUUCUGAAAUUGAAGAAAACAAGCCAAAACUUGAACAACUUAAGACUGUAUUAGAGAUGUAUGGUCAUUUUUCUGGAAUAAAUCGUAAGGUUCAGUUGACCUAUCUCCCUCAUGGUUGUCCUAAAACAUCUAGUGAAGAGGAGGACAGCCGAAGAGAAGAACCAUCUUUACUUUUGGUUCUAAAAUGGGGAGGUGAAUUAACUCCUGCAGGCAGGGUCCAGGCUGAAGAACUUGGAAGAGCUUUCAGGUGUAUGUAUCCUGGAGGUCAAGGAGAUUAUGCAGGAUUUCCUGGUUGUGGUUUACUUAGAUUACAUAGCACCUACAGACAUGACCUCAAAAUAUAUGCCUCUGAUGAAGGACGAGUCCAGAUGACUGCAGCUGCUUUUGCAAAGGGGCUUUUAGCUUUGGAAGGAGAGCUUACGCCCAUUCUUGUUCAAAUGGUGAAAAGUGCAAAUAUGAACGGUCUUUUGGAUAGUGAUAGUGACUCUUUGAGCAGUUGUCAGCAACGUGUGAAGGCAAGGCUUCAUGAAAUACUUCAGAAAGACAGAGAUUUUACUGCUGAAGAUUAUGAAAAGCUUACUCCAUCUGGAAGCAUUUCUCUUAUCAAAUCAAUGCAUUUAAUUAAAAAUCCUGUGAAGACCUGUGAUAAAGUUUAUUCCUUAAUUCAGAGUUUGACUUCUCAAAUCAGACAUCGAAUGGAAGAUCCCAAAUCAUCAGAUAUUCAGCUUUACCAUAGUGAAACAUUGGAGCUUAUGCUACGUAGAUGGUCCAAGUUAGAGAAAGACUUUAAAACAAAGAAUGGAAGAUACGAUAUUAGUAAAAUCCCUGACAUAUAUGACUGUAUAAAAUAUGAUGUCCAGCAUAAUGGUUCCUUGAAAUUAGAAAACACAAUGGAAUUAUAUAGGCUUUCGAAGGCAUUAGCAGAUAUUGUUAUCCCUCAGGAAUAUGGUAUAACUAAAGCUGAAAAACUGGAGAUUGCCAAAGGCUACUGUACUCCUCUGGUUAGAAAAAUUCGCUCAGACCUUCAGAGGACACAAGAUGAUGACACUGUAAAUAAACUUCAUCCUGUGUAUUCUAGAGGUGUUCUUUCUCCUGAACGUCAUGUUCGUACUAGAUUAUAUUUUACUAGUGAAAGUCAUGUACAUUCUUUGCUGUCUAUUCUUCGCUAUGGUGCCUUAUGCAAUGAAUCAAAGGAUGAACAGUGGAAAAGAGCUAUGGAUUAUUUAAAUGUUGUCAAUGAGCUCAACUACAUGACUCAGAUUGUUAUCAUGCUUUAUGAGGAUCCUAAUAAGGAUCUUUCCUCAGAGGAACGCUUUCAUGUUGAAUUACACUUUAGUCCAGGAGCCAAAGGUUGUGAAGAAGACAAAAAUUUACCUUCUGGCUACGGAUAUAGACCAGCUUCCAGAGAGAAUGAAGGCAGGAGACCUUUUAAAACUGAUAAUGAUGAUGAACCACAUACUUCUAAAAGAGAUGAGGUUGAUCGAGCUGUGAUAUUGUUUAAACCAAUGGUAUCAGAGCCAAUUCAUAUACACAGGAAGUCUCCACUUCCAAGAUCUAGGAAGAUGGCUGCAAAUGAUGUUGUAUCUGAAAAUGCUAAUUACCUGCGAACACCGAGAACUCUUGUGGAACAGAAGCAGAAUCCUACUGUAGGGUCUCACUGUGCGGGCCUGUUUAGCACCUCGGUGCUCGGGGGUUCUUCAAGCGCACCUAACCUACAGGAUUAUGCUCGUACUCAUCGUAAAAAGCUGACCUCUUCUGGCUGCAUAGAUGACGCCACACGCGGUUCUGCUGUUAAAAGGUUUUCUAUCUCAUUUGCUCGACACCCAACCAAUGCUGCAGCUUCUAAAGAACCCGCAUGCCUAAGAACUUCUUAGAAGAAACACAGAAGUCACAAGAAAAACAGAAGCCACAAAAAUUCUAAGAAGAGACAUUGCAGGUUUAAGACCAUAGUUUUUGUACUGAAUGCUAUGUGUUUAAAACCAGUAUUCGAGGUAUUAUUAUCUAGGAGAAUCUGUGUUUAACUGAAGGUUUUAAAAAUUAAAAAUAUUUCUGUUAACUUUAAUAGAAAAUAGAGUAAUUUUAUAUUCCUUUGGUUUAGGGUCUUUUUAAAAAAAAUGUGGAUUUUCCGCACAUAUAAAUGCGUAUGAGAUGCAUUCCUUUCAAUUCUACAAAUACUUAUUUUGAGUUUUAAGGUUUCCUUUUUUCCUUUUUUAAUACUGUGUUGUCUUAUCUGUCUUAUGAAUUGUCAUUUGACUCUUCCUUUUACUUUUUAUUUCCCCUAAUGUUCAUGUUAUUUCCAUCUUUAACACAUAUCAUGGACUUACCCCUCCCUUCAUCUUUAGUUCAAGGAACAUGGUGAAACAAGUACCUUCUGACAGUGCUUUACCUUAUUUUCUGGGCCUCUGUGCAGAACACCUACACCUCUAUAGGUGCUGGUCCGUUUCCUCUGUGGAAUUUCUAGGCUCCAGUGGUAUGUUUUUAUAGCUUCUAAACAUGUCAGCAGGGUGGCUUUUUAAAUUGCUGCGCUAACCCUUUCAUUGUGCAUCAAAGGAAAAGUUUACUAAAGAUAAGUGGAAAAAAAUGUAGUCUAGAGGAACUUAAUUAUAUUGUCAUUUGCCUGUUAUAAAAUCUAGCAGGCAAAUGAAAUAAAAUAAUUGCUAUAAAAAUAUAUAAACUUUGUGAGGAAAGAAGAAAAGAUCUCAUCGUUAAGUUUAGUGUAAUGCAAAGAAAGGGUUUGCGUUCAUUUGCAUGAGUCUUGUACUUCUAAAAAAUGUAACAGUUGUGCAAGCCUAAUUUCUUUAGUGCUUAAUUUAGGUGCUUUAGCUGCUGUUAUGGUAUAGUUUUGUUUUUGUUUUUGUUUUCAAAGUAUGUGUAAUGUUCUGUCAUGCUUUGGUUUGUACCUGAAAAUCAGACAUACCAGUUUUGCAAGUCCCUUGGUUAUUUUCCUAGGAAGAUUAGAUUCUCUUUUAACCAAAGUUUCCUUAUUCUAACUGAGAAUUAGGCAGUUCUUGGGUCAAUAUUUCCUUCAAUAUUUACAUAAAUCAAACAUCAGUCAAUUUAAAAAUGAGCACACACCUGUUGAAGCAAAAAGUCUUGCAGUCUGAGGUUAAUUUUUACUUUUAAUGAUAUUUGACUUGAUACAAAAUUUUAUUUGAGUAUUGUAGGUAUUUAAUUGGGGGAAAUUAGUUUGAAUUUCUAGAAGAGUAGAUGCAGAAAGACUCAUUAUUUUUAACAGUAUAUGAAAGCAAUUUUAAAAGCCAUUCAGUUGAAUAAAGUUUAAAUAAACAGACAAUUUUCUUUUUUAAAAAAGUGAGUAACCUAUAUCCUAUUUGUUUGAAAACAUAAACUGUGUAUUUAAGUGCUUUUGUUUCAGUGAUGGUAUUAAUACAUAUUUGCAUGGUUGUUUCAUGAAAUUUUUGUAUUUCUGUGCCAUUGUUAAAAAUAGGAUCAUAUUUGUAUUUUGUAUUGCUUUUAACUUGACCUAACUUUACACAGCCAGUGAUUCCUAGUAAUAUAAUUAUGUGUUAAUACAGUAAAGGUAGGUGAAAUACAUUUUGGAAUUUUUAUUCCAGCAUGAAUGAAUGAAUGUUGUUUUGGGCUCAUACUAGAGAGUGUCAUUGGUCUUGGCACGCCUGGAAAAGUGUCUAAAAAAAUUAUUCACAAGUAAUUAUAUAAUUUUUCAACAAGAACUUACUGUUAGCAUCCUGGCAUCAGGGAUACAUCAUGUGGCAUCAGCUUAUUCACCCACUGAAUAGACCUGACUUCAAAAAAUAAAAACUGAAAACUUGUAUUUCUUUGUUUUUCUUUUUCCCUAGGUUUUUCAAGUAUUAUUCUUAGAUUUUACCAAUAUAGAAUGAAAUUGUGUGCAUGCUAUACUACAUGAUUACAUUUAAAAAGAAAUCUUUGUCACAUCUUGUUCCAGCUCCAUAUUGCAUAGCAUCUGGUGUCAUGACUUCAGAGAUACUGUGUGUUUGCAUGUGAUAGAUUGAAAAGACCUAAACUGUCCAGUUCUAAACAGUAGUCUUCCUUUUUAAUUACUGAUUUUUAAAAUAUCCAUCUUUUAUUUUUUGUUUUUGGUGUUUUUCUC